CCUCACUGGCCUUACUUACUCACUUGUGUUGUCGCGCAUCUUCUCCCUCCCUCCCUCCCUCCGUUGCAUUGCAUUGCAUCGCAUCGCAUCACUUGCAUUGCUGCUCCUCGUCUCCAAUUCCCUUCUUCCCUUCUCUUACGUGUUUACCUGCUCCAGCUCCAGGGUUUUAGAAUACCUGCAAGCAAAAUUAUCAAUCAAUGGGGCUCACACCAGCCAGCAAUUCUCCAGUGUCGGUACCUCCUGAUCAGUUGUUGUGCAGGAAACGCUAUUCGAAUUUCGAGCUGGGAAAAUGAUUGUGAGAGGGACACAUGUCACUCCAGACCCAAGGAAAGGCCUCGUGAGGCUUGUGAAGGCUGAAGAUACACUGUUGCAUUUUCAGUGGUGGGAUAGAGCUACAUUCACUUUGGAAGAUGAUCAAAUUAUUUUUCCAGAAGAAGCUACUUUUGAAAAGGUUGGCCAGUCUUCCGGGCGAGUUUACCUACUGAAGUUUAAACAUGACGAUCGCAAAUUCUUCUUCUGGAUGCAGGAGGCAGAUAAGGAUAUGGAUGCCGAUCUUUGCAACGUUGUGACGCAUCAUCUCAAUCAUCCAUUAGAAUCUGAUGGUGAAGACGAACUGGAAGAUUCUCCACAGCCUUUAUCAGAGAACUCAGACGCAAUGGCUGGCGACUUGCUUGAAGCAACGGCUACUUCCAGGGACUUAGCUGGUGGCUCUUCGUACUUGCCAAGUAGUACUCCUGGAAGUACAAAUGCAGGAGUGGUCCAGAUGGCAGAUCUUCAACGGAUACUAAGUGGACUUGGACAAGCUGCUGAUGGGCACAUGGCUAUGGCAAGGGAUACAGGUCCAGGAUUUUCAGAACUCUUAAGACCUGAUAUAGUGAGGCCCUUACUGGACACCUUACAACUUGAAGAGCGACUUGCUCCCUUCUUGCCAGAGGGAGUUCGGACAAAGCAAGCCAUUGCUGAGUUGAUGCAAAGCCCGCAGUUUCAUCAACAACUUGAUUCUUUCACUCAGGUGAUUCGAAGUGGCCAGAUAGAUCUGUCACAAUUUGGUAUCGACUCUAGUCGAUAUAACUACACUGUGGUUUCCUUUCUGGAGGCUAUCGAAGACCAAGCUUCAUCUGGUUCAAAUGACCAGGAGCUUGAACGAAGGACUGAUGUGAUGGAGGAAGGUCAAUAGUCAACCUUUGUAAUUAGGCCAUACUAACUAAAAUACAGAGCUGUAGUAAUCAAAUAUGGAUUCCAUUGGUUCUACUGAUAUCUCAGGAUUUGUAUGCAUCAAUUUACAAGCAAUCGGAGGUCAGUUUACUACGUGUAUGA